CCCGGCCUCAGGAGGGGCCUGGUCAGUCCUGCUAGGCCUCCUAGCAGCUGGACGCGGGGCCAUGGCGCUCUUAACCCCCCAGGGAGUGAAAAGGGUCUUCCGAUUCCAGAAACCAGAAGGACGGGAGCACCUGCGGAAACUGCUGAACUGGGAGGAGUUUGAUGAGCUGAGGGAUGCCCGCAGAAGCAUCCUGCUGGACACCUUGUAUGAAAGCAUCAUCUUUGCUGUGGGCAAAGGCUUCCCAUGGGUGGGGGUGGCCCAGGUGGUCAAGUUCAUGGAAGAGCUGCUCAAGGAAACCAAAGGUUGCUCCAUCACCGAGGCCAUGACAGUCCUGGCGAGCAAGCUCCGCGAUUACCAGGGGCGCUUCAGCACCAAGCACCUGCGGGCGCUCUGCGAUUACUGCCACAACACCUUCAUCCGCCACUACAGGCUCUACCAGUAUGUCUUGGGCCAGGACCAGGACGUCCACCUUUCCGUCACCCACCUAGAGGUGUGCGCGCCGCCCCAGCCCCUGCCGCUGGCCCAGGGCGUGGACAGAGCCACCUGGAGGCGCGAGCAGCAGGUGGCAGAGCUGGGGCUGGCGGAGGCGCAGAGGCGCGCCAGCGUGCUGGUCCUGCAGGAGGCGCUGCGGCUGGAGAAGGAGCAGCAGCUGCACCAGAGGUUCUCGGAGGCACCGCAGGGCCAGGCCCUCAGGAGAGAGGAGGUAGAAAGCCUGGUCAGCGAGGCCAUUCGCGUCCAGGUGGAAUGCCUGAGGGCGCUGCUGCAGCACGAGAUCCAGGCCACCUUCGACAUCCUGGACCUGAAGCUCCAGAAGAAGACAAUAACCCUCGGCGCCCCGACCCCCUUCCCUCUCUGCAUCACCAGCCAGCCUGGCCAAGACGAGCCUCUCAAGCUGUCCAAAGCGAGCAGGGGAAAGAAAGGCAAAGCCAGGAAGUAGCAGGUCCCGGCGCCGCGGCCUGAAGAUGGGUCGGGCUGAGCCCCGGCACCGGCAGCGCAGAGGUUUCUAGCAAUUAAAAACCAGAAUGA